AUGCACAAGAUAUAAUUGCUUUAAUAUCCAUUCAAUAAAUUGUUAGUUUAGUUAGAGAAACUUUAAAUUUUAAAGAUGAUGCUUGCAAAAUAGACUGCUAAUAAAUUAUAGCUGAUUCUAUAUUAAAAAAUCAAGCCAAUUACAAAAGAAGAAGACUAGUUAUAAAAUAUCAAAGCAAGCAUUUCUUAAGGUAAGCCAAGUAUCUAAUUCUCUAGGUGAACAAGUAAAAUAUUUAUAAAGAACAUAAGAAGGAACAAAAAGAUCAUAAAGGUGUCUGUACUAAGUAUUGUAACUAAUAUGUAAAAGAUAAAAUUGAUUCAUUAAUAAAGUUGA